CUUUUACAUAGUUUUAGUUACUAUAAACUUGAAAUUUUGUGUUUUUAUGAAUUAAAGCUUUUCCAUAUUUUAUGUUUUAAAGUAGCCAAAGUGAACACCACAUUACUUAGAGCAACAAGAAAUUCUCUCUUCAUUCUAAAUGGGGAUAAUUUGGGAAAUACACUAUUCCCAAAAAUAUUGCUGAAGAAUUCAGGCUUAUUUUAAUUUUUGUGUCCUGGGAUUGAGUUCCUUUAUUUGAAAUAUUGUCUCUAAUUUGCCUGCAACCAAGAUAUCUCGAUGAUCUUUUUGCAGUAUUUAGUAAAAGCAUGAAUUAUCUUUAAUGUUCAGAAUCAGAAUCAUUAUUUCCUGAAGGAAGUUUGAAUAAUUUUGCAAAACAGAAAGGAUUGCUAAUAUCUUAAAUAGAGGAAGUCCGAACAACACAUUUCCCAGUUUUCUUCAGGAUCAAGACUAAUCUUGUUAACAUUUGCUGAACUUCUGCCUUCAAUAAAGACGAUACGCUGAUUUGGGGUGUUCUCACACUGAAUUAGGCACUUGGGUAGACAUGUAUCCAUUGAGAGGUUAUGCAAGGUGAGAUGUGGAAGGUUUUUCUAGAAGAGCCUGCCUUUCAGGGCCAAAAUGCCACAUGCACAGCAUAGCUUCCUGAAACAAAUUUCUUUCCUAAGACAUUGGUUGCAGAAUAGAAAUGUGUUCUUUAGAAACAGUUCUUCAGGCGUUCUGCCCUGCAAGUGACAAUGUUGUUAGCAAGGUGGUUGAUUUUACUUUUUGUUUCUUUUUACCCACAUUACAGAUGCAGGAUAUUGUGCUAACUGCCUGGUCAGGUGCUCCUUGUGGGGGCUACUUGCUCUAGAUCCUUUAUAGACCAAUACCCUCAGUCUUUAUAUCCAGAAUCCAAGUAAAGCUUUAAAGUCUACUGGGAGGGUUGAAGACUUGCUAAAAUCAACACUUUCCUUAAUGGAGGUUAGCACUUCCACAGUCCUGGGAGAGACAAACUGUCAGAAGCAUCUGACUUUGCUUCAUUUAAAAGAGAGUUUGAGGUCUAUAUAGCGGACUUUAAAGUUCUGAAUACACCUUCUGUGAUGAACAGAAGUUUCUCAUUGAUCACACUGACAAGAAACCUUUCUGUGAACACGCCGGGUAGAAGAUAUGUAACUCUAAAUAAGGUCUGUCUUCUUUUCUGGGCCUAACUAAACUUUGCAGAGUUCAUAUGGGACAGUGGGACAGAAGGAAACAGAAGGUGUCAACUGGGCCCUUGUGCUCACUAGGAAAAUGGGGAGAGAUAGAACUCAUGCAGGAGGCCUGUAAUUCUGCUCUUUCUCUGGGAGACAAGAAGGUGAGUUUUGCAUUUGGGUAAUGGAAUGGAACAAUCUCAGAGUUAAGGAGACCACACUUUAUGUUCCAGUUAGUUUCUUGUUUGUUAAAAAGUUGAAUUGUAACCAGGUUCCUUUGCUGAGAAGGAAGGCGCUAGGGCCCUGGAGUGAGAUGAUGGCUGUGUUCUGUGACCACAGGAGCUGGUUACGUACUAAUUUCCUCUAGGGCUUGUGAUGAAGUCAGUAACCACAGCCUUCAGCAUGCUCUGCUCAGGCGGCAGCAGUGGCUUUUUGGAGGUGUCUCGGCCAUGACACACAUUUGAUAUGCCCUCCCUCAACCUACUCAUAGACUAUUUCUCUUGCUCUGCAGCAUGGACCAAAGAGAAAUUCUGCAGAAGUUCCUGGAUGAGGCCCAAAGCAAGAAAAUUAACAGAGAGGAGUUUGCAAAUGAAUUUACGAAUCUGAAAAGGCAAUCUACCAAAUACAAGGCAGACAAAACCUAUCCUACAACUGUGGCUGAGAAGCCCAAGAACAUCAAGAAAAACAGAUAUAAGGAUAUUUUGCCCUAUGAUUAUAGCCGGGUGGAACUAUCCCUGAUAACCUCUGAUGAGGAGUCCAGCUACAUCAAUGCUAACUUCAUUAAGGGAGUUUAUGGACCCAAGGCUUAUAUCGCCACCCAAGGUCCUCUAUCUACAACCCUGCUGGACUUCUGGAGGAUGAUUUGGGAAUACCGUGUCCUGAUCAUUGUUAUGGCAUGCAUGGAGUAUGAAAUGGGAAAGAAAAAGUGUGAGCGCUACUGGGCCGAGCCAGGAGAGAUGCAGCUGCAGUUUGGCCCUUUCUCCAUAUCCUGUGAAGCUGAAAAAAGGAAAUCUGAUUAUAUAAUCAGGAACCUAAAAGUUAAGUUCAAUAAUGAAACUCGAACUAUCUACCAGUUUCAUUACAAGAAUUGGCCAGACCAUGAUGUACCUUCAUCUACAGACCCUAUUCUUGAGCUCAUCUGGGAUAUACGUUGUUACCAAGAGGAUGACAGUGUUCCCAUAUGUAUUCACUGCAGUGCUGGCUGUGGAAGGACUGGUGUUAUUUGUGCUAUUGAUUACACGUGGAUGUUGCUAAAAGAUGGGAUCAUUCCUGAGAACUUCAGUGUUUUCAGUUUGAUCCAGGAAAUGCGGACACAGAGGCCUUCAUUAGUUCAAACUCAGGAACAAUAUGAAUUGGUCUACAAUGCUGUAUUAGAACUAUUUAAGAGACAGAUGGAUGUUAUCAGCAAUAAACAUUCUGGAACAGAGAGUCAAGCAAAGUAUUCUAUUCCUGAGCAAAAUCACACUCUCCAAGCAGACUCUUAUUCUCCUAAUUUACCAAAAAGUACCAUAAAGGCAGCAAAAAUGAUAGAACAACAGAGCAAACAAAGGACAGAACAGGAAAGCACAGAAUCUUCUUCCUUUGACUUUAGGACUUCUGAAAAAAGUGCAGAGGAAGAGCUAGUUUUGCACCCUACUAAAUCAAGCACUUCUUUUGACUUUCUGGAGCUAAAUUAUGGUUUCAACAAAAAUGCUGACACAGCCAUGAAAUGGCAGGCAAAGGCAUUUCCACCGGUUGGGGAACCUCUUCAGAAGCAUCAAAGUUUAGAUUUGGGCUCUAUUUUGUUUGAAGCAUGUUCUAGUUCUAAACCUGUAAAUGCAGCAGGAAGAUAUUUUAAUUCAAAGGUGCCAAUAACACGGACCAAAUCAACUCCUUUUGAAUUGAUACAGCAGAGAGAAACCAAGGAGGUGGACAGCAAGGAAAACUUUUCUUAUUUGGAAUCUCAACCACAGGAUUCUUGUUUUGUAAAGAUGCAGGCUCAAAAAGUAAUGCACGUUUCUUCAGCAGAACUGAAUUAUUCACUGCCGUAUGAAUCUAAGCACCAAAUAUGUAACACCUCUAAUGUAAAGCACUGUGACUCUAGUGCUCUUGGUGUAUAUUCUUAUAUAUCUUUAGCGGAAGAUCCUUAUUUUUCAACAUUGCCUCCAAGUGGUACUGGUUCUAAGAUGUCUCUUGAUUUACCUGAGAAGCAAGACGGAACUGUUUCGCCCUGUUCUUUGUUACCAACAUCCUCUACAUCCCUCUUUUCUUGUUGCAAUUCACAUGAUUCUUUGUCAUUGAAUUCUCCAACCAAUAUUCCCCCACUACUGAACCAAGAGUCAGCUGUAGUAGCAACUGCUCCAAGGAUAGAUGAUGAAAUCCCCCCUCCACUUCCUGUACGGACACCUGAAUCGUUUAUUGUGGUUGAGGAAGCUGGAGAAUUCUCACCAAAUGUUCCCAAAUCCUUAUCCUCGGCUGUGAAGAGUGUAAAUUUUCGAAGUCCUAAAUCAGAACUACAUCAGGAUCGUUUUUCUCCCCCACCUCCUCUCCCAGAAAGAACUCUAGAGUCCUUCUUCAUUCUUGCCGAUGAAGAUUGUAUGCAGGCCCAAUCUAUAGAAACAUAUUCUACUAGCUGUCCUGACAGCAUGGAAAAUUCAACAUCCUCAAAACAGACACUGAAGACUCCUGGAAAAAGUUUCACAAGGAGUAAGAGUUUGAAAAUUUUGCGAAACAUGAAAAAGAACAGGACCUUGCUCUGUCACCCAGUCUGGAGUGCAGUGGUGCAAUCUGGGCUCACCACAUCCUCUGCCUCCCAGGUAUCUGUAAUUCUUGCCCACCAAACAAGCCUUCAGAAUCUGUUCAGUCAAAUAACUCCAGCUCAUUUCUGAAUUUUGGUAUGUGUGUUAUUUUAUGGAAGAGUUAAAAAAAUUAUCUAAAUUACCCAUUUAUAGUAUAACAGAUUCAACUUUAAAUAUGAUUUUAGGUUGCAUGUAUAGUUCCUUAUGUUUAUAUUUUUUUCCAUGAAAUUUAUCUUUUUAUUUUCAACCUUAACUACCUCUUAAUAUGUCACACAGAAUGAUCUAGUAUAUGUGAAAAAUAAAGCUAGGUAACCAAAUUAUUGUGUUGGCAUGUAGUAAAUACAUAUGACCAGCCCAAUGAAGAAAUUGAGAUGCUGUGAUAUUCCAGUUCAUAUCUAAAACAAAUUUAUAAAAAACAUACAAGUAUGAUAAAAAGAACAGCAGUUGCCACUGUAUAAUCUUAUAUAACUAAUUUAACAGUAGGAAAUGAAGCACAAUUCUGACAGUUUUAAGGUUUGCUUACCCAAUUGCUCCUAAGUAUAUGCUAUAAACUUAAAAUGAUAAUUUUAUAUUAUUCUAAAAAUUCUAUUAUUCUAUGUGAUACAUAUUUAUGAUACUAUUUAAAGUAUCAUGUAUAAUUUUUUGUAAGCAGAAUAGCAAUUGGUGGUAGGCUAUUACUACUAAAAAUUGUUAUUAACCAAAACCACCCUGAAAGAGUGUGAAGCCUCUAGGAGUCCCUGAAUCACACUUUGAGGACUGCCGCUUAAUGGUGUUGUCUUUACUCAUAAGAUCAAAUUGGGUUGCUGCCAUCUCCAGACUGUAGGUGGCAAGAAAACAGGAAAAAGUGGGGGUGUGGCCUCCUCUUCUUACUCUUCUGGUCUUCAGAGGCACUGGCCUGGAAAUGGCCAGAUCAUAUCAACCCAUAUUCUCUUGAUGAGAACUUAGAGAUGUACUAUAAUUAAAUUGCAAAGAGAUUAGGAAAUGUAAUAUUGCUGGGCAUAUAAAACUGCCUACAUACAAUUCUAUUUGAGGAAGAAGCAAAGAAAGAUACUGGUGGACAAGUAGCAAUCUCUGCCACACUUAAGUUAGAAUCCCUAUGUCAUCUUCACAAAAUGUUUAAAAUCUCUGGAUCUGCCUUUUUUGCCACAAAAUUUUGUUUGGAUUUCAUUAACUUUAAGGUUUAACAAGUUGUAAUUUAGGCCGGGCAUGGUGGCUCACGCCUGUAAUCCCAGCACUU